GUCUGACGCAAGGCAUUGUGGGAAACUCCCAGGCUCUUCCUCCCCUCCCUUCCCCUUGUCUCUUCCUCCGUUCCUCCUCUCUGCGGAACAUCCAGCUUCCAAGGUGUGACAUCAGCCAAGGCCAAGCCAGAGGCGGGAGUCAAGAGAAAGGGGUUGAUUCCAUAACAUGGUCCAUGCAGAAUAUAGUCUGAGCAGGACAUCCUUCAGGGGGACCAAAGGCCAAGCAAUCUGAAGCAGCCCUUUUGGAUUGGCUUGUGAGAACCAAGUGAAGAGGACAGCUCCAGUAGCCUCUUUCACAUCCCACCCUUGGCUUCGAUCUGGGAACAGGAACGGGAGUGAUUCUCAACUAAGAGGGGUAUGGAGUCCAAAGGGAGCGUCCGAAGUGGAAACAAAGCUGAUGCCAAGACCGCUGGCCUAGGAAAGCCUGAGAAGCCCAGCUCUGGCUCCACUGCAACUACUGAUAAGAAAGAAACCUCUUCAAAGGAGCCUUCAGCUCCCGUCACCAACCCAGUGAAAAAAGGGGCACCAGCAGCCAACGAGUCCAGCAUGCUCAAUGACCAUAGCAACAUAAAACCCAGCCCCGCAGCCUCCGAGGGUGCUGAAGCUGCCGCUCGUACUCCCGCUGACUCUGAACACCAAGGGAACAACACAGAGGAAUCACCAGGUGGCGGCUGCAGCAUCUUUGAGAAUAUGAAGCCCCUGAUUGUCUUUGGAGGAGUGGCAGUGGCUGCCAUAGCGGUGAUUGUUGGAGUGGCCAUCCUAGCCCGGAAAAAAUGAAACAAAAUAACCCUCCAAGAAGCUCAAGGGGGAGCAAUUCCCUGGGCAAUGUACAGUUCCUUUUGAAACAAAUGCAUGUGGUAAACUGUAUACAUACUUAUAAAUAUGCAGUCUAUAGAGAGAGUGCUAGGUAGGCAAAAUGGCAAUCCUGCCCACUGUUGUCUUCAAAACUAGUGAAUCAGGGUUGACCUAGUGUGAGCACUUUGUGCCCUUGUGCUCUGUUGUGUAAAAUAGCUUGGCUUGCACCACUGUGCAUAGAUGGGCUUUUUUCUGGUCAGUGUAAGCUAAUGCUUUGUUGCCUUUCCAUAGCCCCUUCCCCCCUCCCUUUCCCCUUUUGUCCAGGUGUUCAAACUUUUCAUUCCAGUGUUUCUUUUAAAUUGGGUUGUGGUAGAACCAACGAAAGGGAAAGCUUCCCAUCCGCAGGGCUGCCCCUUCUCAGCUCUGUUCUCAUACAACAGAACUGAAUAAGAAUGAACAAAGAUUUAUAAAGAGGGAGAACCUUUUCUUAUCCAAGUUAUGACUGGUGUCCCCAAUAUUCAUCAAGUAGCAAAAGUACACUCUUAUCUGAAACUACAAAGUUUUACUUGGAGUCUGGCUGGUUAACUCUCAAGAGUUCAAGAAGGUGACAUGGCCUCCUGAGAUUUUCACAGUGUAGUCUGAAGCCCAUAAAAUCAUUAUUUCAGUUUGGCACGUCAUCCUGCAAUAUAGUACUCAUAGCCAUGGUGGUUUAGAACAGCCAACAAAUAGAAGGAGGGUAUCAAACACAAAACCCAUGCUAAAAAUACCUAGAAGAA